CGACAGACUUCCGGUGUUUCCUCCACACAGAAUGGAACCGUGGAACAGAAUAAACGUUCUUUUCCCGAGUGCCGUUUAUUGUGUUUGCGUACCUUACACUCCAAAAACAGAUGUGAAUGUAAUCAACCUGUUGGUGGAAAAUGGCAACGUCCUCAAAUUGCUUCGAAGUACUUUACUUCAGACGGAAGUGCGAGUUUUGUACGACUUGCUGUACAAUCUGAACAACAGCUCCAGAAGCAACAAGACCUUUCGGGUGAUGAAGCAGGUGGAGCAAUGCAUCAACAGACUGAAAGAUAUGAAGUUGGACGUUGCUCUCCAGGAUCUGUAUGAUAUUUGCCCUAGAAAGAUUCAAAGGAAGUUGGGCAAGAAGGUUGAGGAGUGUGAUCUUCCCAGCCAACCCAUGUUGGAGUGGGUCUGUCUCAAAGUGCUGGGAGCGGCACAAUUAAUGAGCUGCACAAUGAAACGCUGCUGCAAAGGUUUUGUCUUGUCAAGGCAGCACAUGAACAUUGAGUUCAUCAUCAUGAAUAUGGUGAUAACCAGCAUGUUCAGUCGUUUCUGGGUGAUUUUCAGAGGGAUCCUGGCCAGUCUGCGCUCUCUCUAUCGGCAGCUCUAUGAUCUCCGUGGCAAAGUAUCCGAGGCUAAGCCCAUGCCCUUCCUCACAGACUUCUGUCUUCCAGCAGACGUGGCUGACUUUCUUGGUCCUUCUGACGCAGCUUUACUCCCUGCAAAGCACACAAUCCAAGUUAAAGCUCAGAAGGGGAAAGUUGAAAAACAAAAGCCUCCCAUCAAAACAAACAACUUGGGGCCGACGAGGAAGAUCAGAGAAGACCUCGGCGUUGCAGUGCAAAGAGAACUGGAGUUUGACUCGGACAUUAAACCUAUUCAAACCAUUUUCGGGAACAUAGCAAAGAAGAAGAUCCUCCCAAAGGAAAAAAACAAGGCUGAGAAGAAACAGAUGUUUCAGAGACAAGUAAAGCAAGUCUCAACGUUUAAAGACAUGGCCUCCUGUCUAGAAGAAAUGAUCCUGUGGUGCAAGUCCAAGAAAACGAAUAAGCGUGAACGCCUCCUAACCUUCCUAAAGUUGAAGUGCCGUCGGCUGAGAGGACUAGAGGCUGCAGGUUACAAAGUGCAAAAGAAGUUGCAGACAUUCAAACAAGAAGCUUGCCAGGCCUUCUGCGGCGUCCCAGGGCCAGUGCGGAAGACCUGCCCGCCUGCUGUGGCUUGCAGAAGACGUGGUCGCCUGAGAACACGUUUGUGGACCCUCAGGAUGCAAUUCAAGUCAUCUGAAAUGAGAAGGCAUGUAAAAAGGAAACAAAGGCAGAAGAAAUGUGUGUCAUCGGGACUGUUGAUGCAGAAUGGCGGGUUAAGCGAAAUGGACAAAGCAACCGCAUGCACGGUUGACUCUGGAAAGCAGGAUGACAUCGAUGAUAUAUUUGCUUGUGUAGGUCUGUGAUGAUUUUUCAUGGUGGUGCCGGAAAAAUAUGGAUUCGCAUCCAAAUAGUUAUUUUGAAAGAUUCUGACUCAAUUCAUCAUUUUAAAGGGGAACAUUGUCACAAUUUCAGAAUGGUUAAAACCAUUAAAAAUCAGUUCCCAGGGGCUUAUUAUAUUUUUCGAAGGUUUUUUCAAAAUUUUACCCAUCACGCAAUAUCCCUAAAAAAAGCUUCAAAGUGCCUGAUUUUAACCAUCGUUAUAAACACCCGUCCAUUUUCCUGUGACGUUACAUAGUGAAUACAAACAAACAUGGCGGAAAGAACAGCAAGCUAUAGCGACAUUAGCUCAGAUUCAGACUCGGAUUUCAGCGGUUUAAGCUAUUCAACAGAUUACGCAUGUAUUGAAACGGAUGGUUGUAGUGUGGAGGCAGGUAGCGAAAACGAAAUUGAAGAAGAAACUGAAGCUAUUGAGCCAUAUCGGUUUGAACCGUAUGCAAGCGAAACCGACGAAAACGACACGACAGCCAGCGACACGGGAGAAAGCGAGGACGAAUUCGGCGAUCGCCUUCUAACCAACGAUUGGUAUGCGUUUGUUUGGCAUUAAAGGAAACUAACAACUAUGAACUAGGUUUACAGCAUAUGAAAUACAUUUGGCAACAACAUGCACUUUGAGAGUGCAGACAGCCCAAUUUUCAUCA